AUGGUUCUUCUCGGGAAAAGCGGAACUGGAAAGAGUGCAUCUGCAAACACCAUCCUGACUGCUGGGAAGCUCAUUGGUGGUUCAAACCAACAUUUUCAGUCUUAUCCCAGCUCCACACCAGUCACCACCAGGUGUGAGGUGAAAAUAGUGGAGAUAUUUGGGAUACCAGUUAGAGUAGUUGACACCCCAGACUUUUUUUAUGAAGAGGAACAUGUAAACCAGGCACAGGUAGAAGAGUGUAAGAGGUACUGUCAGGAAGGGCAUUGUGUGACGUUACUUGUGAUGCAGCUGGGCAGGUUCACAGAUGGUGAGAGAAACAUAUUAGAGAAGCUAGAGAAAAGCCUUGGCUGGAGAAUCAGGGACAGCACAAUCAUCCUGUUUACACACGGAGAAGAUUUGAAGGGCAGUUAUGAAGUAUUCUGA